CUGUGAGGAACAUUAACGUGACUGAUUGGAGGGGGAAAAAAAUUCAUAACCUAUACUCAUGCGAGGUCUGUCGCGAUUCAAAAUGGCGUGUUAUCGGUGAACGAAAAAACGAUAGCAAGAAACAGAAAGAGGUUAUGACACUACUCCCGCGUACGUCGCCUCAAGAAGUUCGUUAGUAUAUUCGUAGUCGAGGUACGGAUUUAAUAAUGCAAGAAAUCGUCCUAGCAGCCUUCUCCGUGAUAUCGAGUCUGCUCAUAGUAUUUGGCCUGGUGCUGCUGGGUUGGUAUUUAGUUUGGAAAUUUUUCCUUUCGCGAUUCCGCUUUGUCAGAGAACUAUUGGGUGGAAUGAGUGAAUCUUCUUCUGUGAACGAUUUAAAAAAUGGUAGAUCUCGUAUAAAGAAAAUUCGUAGGGAUUGAGACUCUGAAGAUAUAAAACAGGAAGACCACUGAGCAAUAUCUAAGGAAACGGAAGGAAUCAAUUGGAACAAUUUUUCAUUUGUGUGUAGACAAGAUUUUAAUCCACAAAAAUGUCUAUAAAUAUACGAUGUGCAACAACAGAUGAUCUGUUGAACAUACAGCAUUGUAAUUUACAAUGUUUGCCUGAGAAUUAUCAGAUGAAGUAUUAUUUGUAUCAUGCUCUUUCUUGGCCGCAACUAAGUUACGUGGCAGAGGAUGAAAAAGGCAGGAUAGUUGGUUAUGUCCUUGCUAAGAUGGAAGAAGAUUGCGAGGACAAUCCGCAUGGACAUAUUACGAGUUUGGCAGUAAAAAGGUCUCACAGAAGGCUUGGUAUCGCACAGAAACUUAUGAAUCAAGCUUCCAGAGCGAUGGUCGAAUGUUUUGGAGCGAAAUAUGUUUCGCUGCACGUGCGUAGAAGUAAUCGGGCAGCUUUAAACUUAUAUACGAGCAGUUUGCAAUUCGAAGUGUCGGAAGUUGAACCAAAAUAUUACGCGGAUGGAGAAGAUGCUUAUGCCAUGAAACGCGAUCUUAGCAGCUUUCACAUGGAGAAAAAUGCGGCGAAAGAAAAAGUGAACAAAGAUGGUAACACGCACACGCAUACUGGCAGAUGCUGUGAUCGUUCAUAGUCUGCUUGGUGUAUCUACCUAAAAUUAGGUUUCAAUUGAUUUCUUACAUUAUUAGCUCUGUACCAUUUGGAUCUAAAUCUAUGUCACUUGUACGUAUUUUUCAUAAACGGAUCUGCAUGAGAAAUGUGUGAAAACAUUGUAAGUCAAACAUCGUGGCUUGAAUGUUUGACCUGUACAUUAUCAUGGACAUUUCGCAAAUACUAGAGUAUUUGUAUUUAUUCAAGCCUUAUCCGAGACAUAUGAAAUGUUUUAUAUGCAGCAACAAGGAGGUGUAUGUGUUAAUACUUACGCCGGGAGUAGGAGAGAGACUCUUACUAUUGUAUGUACUUCAAUGCAAAUUGAGUUAAACAUUUGUAACAAAAGUUUCAUUGCGUGUAUUUAAUUGAUAUACCAUGUUAUUUAGGACCCAUAAAUCUUAAUAAAGAAAAUAAGCCGAGAAGAA